UUUAAUCCGUCGAUCCAGUUUGACCCGCAAGUAUAGAUGCUUGCUCCUCUCUGUCGGUCUCUCCGUCUCCUCCCUCCCUCUUUCUUUCUCCUUUUCUUCCUCCCUCCCACAAAUUCUCUUCUCUAUGCACCUUAAAGCUCACGUCUUUGCUCCAAUUAACAAAAACCAUGGAUCCGACGUCGAAGUCCCCACCACCCGAAUCCCGCUCCGGAGACCGGAACCCGGCUUCGAAUGAGAUCCGAUUCAGAGGUGUCCGGAAGAGGCCUUGGGGAGGCUACGCCGCCGAGAUCAGAGAUCCUGGGAAAAAAAGCCGCGUCUGGCUCGGGACCUUUGACAGCGCUGAAGAGGCAGCGCGCGCGUACGAUAGCGCGGCGCGUGAGCUCCGCGGAGCCAAGGCGAAGACCAACUUUCCCGCCUCCGCUGAGAACCUGCUCGAGAGGCCGAGUGGUAGCAAAAGGAUCGUACAGGUGCAACAACAAUCAACGGAUACCAGUACCGUUACAUCCCUCGGACCUCCCCCGCCUUCCCUCUCCGCCACCUCCACCACCACCUCCUCCUCGUCCUCCUCCUCAUCCUCAAUAGAAGAUGAGAUUUACGACGUAUUCUUGAGCUUUAGCGGUGAAGACACACGCAAAACCUUCACGGACCACCUGUAUUGGACAUUGAAAGCCGCCAGAGUCGACGCCUUUAUCGAAGAGAAGGAAUCAACGAGAGGAGGGGAAGAAAAAGUAUCAGAGAAAGUGAAGCAAGCAAUCCAAGGGUCCAAGAUGGCUGUGAUCAUCUUCUCAAGGAGGUAUGCUGAUUCCACCCGGUGUCUUGAGGAGUUGGUGGAGAUCAUGGAGUGCAAAAGAACACUACGGCUAAUGGUUUUGCCAAUAUUCUACGACGUUGAUCCUUCAGAUGUGAAGAACCAAUCUGGGAUUUUUGCAGAGGCAUUUGAGAAACACGAAGAUCAUAAGGAAGAAAAACUAGGGCGGUGGAGAAAGGCUGCUUCUGAAGCUGCAGACUUAGCCGGUGAGGUUUUUACAAAGACUGACGGGUAUGAAGGAGUGUUUAUCAGGAAAGUUAUUGACGAUAUCACCGGAAAACUGAAGAUGAAGAGCACAUCCCUAGGCGGAGCCACCGGGCAAUCUGUGCGAGAAAUCAGGCUGUUCGGCGUGCCCCUGGUGGUCGAUUCCGUGGGGAAGAGCGACAGUCGUAAUGGAUGAUGCCGCGCCAAGGAAAAGCACAGGAUAUUCCUGCUAGGAUUGCAGAAAGUUGGGAGAGGAUAUUGGAGAGAGGGAUCUUAAGGAACUUCGUGAAGACUCGCACACCGCAACCACAAUUGUGCCAGUGCUGCUGAUAUAGCUUCUUUGACAUCAAAUAAUGUCCAAUCGAUGAAGAGCAAGUACAUUAUCAAGAUAAUACAUCUCAGUAACAUCCGUUGCCACCUCCCCAGCAUCCGUGCCUUUGCAAUGCUACUGGAUUUUUUAUGAUGCCAAAUUUAACACAAUUUGACAGCUAGUUACGUACAGAGUUGUUCCUCAAUACACUUUCUACAUCUUCGUGAACCCGCAAUCUGCUUCCUCUUUCAGGAUUGCCGAAGGAUUCUGCACUCACGAUUUCCCUGUCCAUGUUUCAAAUCAUAUCAUGCAUCAUCAGAUUGCCUUCUCUAUCAACAUUUACAAGGCAUAGCUUAUUUGAAUGGUUGUCACUUCGAUGAAGAACAAGGACCGCGAUCAUUCAAUAUUUUGAGGAUGUAGUCCUUAUUUCCAAUUAAGAAACAACAUAUAUCAAGGAUUAUUAUCUUAAACUUUCCACAUACAUCCCAAUGAUGCUGUAUUUUUUAUGAACAGCUUCGUUUGAGAGUUCAAGAUAUCCUUCAUUUCGACAACGAUUUCCAAAGGGUGAAAAAUAUAAGGAGACUCCUACUAAACCUCUAGAGUGCCAUCGUUGACAGUGGAUGCACUUUAUGCUCAUACAGUAAGUUUGAAGUACAUGGCAUAUUAAGAAACGGAGAUUUCAGCAGCUCCUCAAACCCAAUUUGCUCUUUGGGUUUUAAUCAAUGUGUACCAUUUUGCUGCUGCCGGGGUCUCUCAAACAAAGUUUAAUGACUUCUUAUGCAUUUUUCAAUGGUUCUGUUGAUAUCCAUUAUCCAGCGAUCGAGAUGUCAAACAAACAAAGGAUCAGCUGUGUUUGCUGGAACAACUAUGUCAAAAACUAUCUGGCUUCAACUGAUUAGAUGUAGUCAAGGUUCCUUGCCUUAAAUCAGUUUAGUUUUCGCGUCUGUGCGCGCAGCUGAUCCUCGAUGCAGUUGUGAGGGUUGAGAAGAAGAUGGCAGAUUAUUCUGGCUGCAAUGCGGUGCAUUGACGUGAUUGAAUAUCUGAAACGAAGGCAGAUGGAUGCAUUGACAUGUUUGAACAACCAUAUUGGUUGUGUUUGGUAGCUGAAAAAUAAGUUGCUUUUUCUUAAAGCAGGGUCAUAAAAAGCAGAAAUUGAGAAGGUAGAAACAGCAUGUGGUAGGCAUUGUCUGGCAUUACGAAUUACACAGAUAAUCGCGAUAGUCUUGUAACUCAAGUGGUUAAGACUUUACUUCGACCAUUUCAAGUCCUGUCUUCGAUUCGUUACAACGAAAUGCAUCAUUGUUAUUAUAUUUUA